AUGGCUGACACAGAAGUCCUCCUGGCCCCCCAGGUCGGGCCCCCCCAGGUCGGGGUCCAGCGCUCCCUCCGGGUCUACGGGGGUCUCUCCUGCAAUGCCCUCAUGGCUGAGUCCGGGUCGGACCGGAGCCCGCUGCACGACGCGGCGUUCCAGGGGCGGCCGCUGAGCCUCAGGACCCUGCUGACCCAGGGCUUCCCCGCUGACCUGCGGUCUCUGGACGGCGUGACGGCGCUCCACGAGGCCUGCCUCGCCGGACACGCCCCCUGCACCCGGCUGCUGCUGGAGCACGGUGCCACGGUGGAGGCGGAGUCUUCUGACGGAGCCACGCCCCUCCUCAACGCCUGCCGCCGGGGCAGCGCCGCCUGCGUCAGACUGCUAUUGGGCCGCGGCCCGGCCGUCCCAACCAAUCAGCUGCUGGCAGGGGCGGUCCACGAGGCGGCCGGGAGAGGCCACAGGGAGUGUCUGGAGCUGCUCCUGGCCUCCGGGGGCGCCGUGGAGGCGGCGCUGCCCGGCCGUGGGACCCCCCUGUACGCCGCCUGCCUGGGGGGGGCCACGGCCUGCGUGGAGAGUCUGCUGCUCGCAGGAGCGGAGGUGGGCGGGGCCGCGGGGGGCAGCAGCCCGCUGCACGCGGCGGUGGUGGCAGGGGCGGGGCCGGUGGUGGAGCUGCUGAUGGCCUACGGGGCCGACGGGAGCGCCAGGAACGCCGAGGGGAACACGGCGCUGGAGCUGGCCGCCGCCGCCAUGAGGACCACGCUGGGCAGGGCAGGUCCCGCCUCGCUGGCUCAGUUCUGCCGUCUGUCCGUCCGUCGCCGUCUGGGGCGGAGCCGUCUGUCCAGCUUACAGCCUCCUGAGUGGUGA